AUGUAUCCACUGAGAAGCUGUCUAACCAUUCAAGGAUUUUGUGCAUCAGUUGUCUGCUAUUCAUAUCCAACCAAGGUUGCCGAAGCAUUUAAAGAUCCUAAGUGGGUUCAAGUUAUAAAGGAAGAGAUGAAAGCUCUUAAGAAGAAUCAGACUUGGACACCGGAAACUUUACCACAAGGAAAAAAGACUGUUGGAUGUAGAUGGGUGUUUACCACAAAACACAACACUGAUGGAUCUAUUGAGUGA